AGGUGUACAUGAAAGUCACCUCAAACGCUGAGCUGAUCUUGACUCCUUGCUUAGCGUAGAAGGUCACAAACGAACAAAAUGAUCCGUUCGGCAUGUAAAAGAAUUGGACUUUCUGCUCUAAACGCAGUCAGCAAGCAAAUAAAAUCAGGAUGUCCUAGCGCUGCUGCAGCAGGUUUGAGACCAUACAGUGAGACCGGCCCCAGACCCCAUACAUCCUUGUACCCAGUGGUCAGUGAGGGAACCUGGCUGGAGAAAAACAACUAUGCCCAGUUUGAUGGGUGGGAGUUGAGACAGCUGAUAAAUUUUGUGGCUGCAGAUGAUGGUGUACCUGAGCCAGAAAUCAUCAUUGAAGUUCUGAAGGGCUGCAGGAACAAUAACGAUUACGCCCUCGCAACCCGUUUCUUGGAAGUAGUGAGGUUGAAGGGAGGUAACAAAAUGUCAGAAACAUGGCCCUACAUUAUGCAAGAGAUCGGACCAACCAUGCAGGAAUUAGGAAUUAGCACACUUAAAGAAAUGGGAUAUGAAGAGCCAGAGUUAUGGCUGGAAAAUGUAGAUGACAUGUAAAUCAGUUUGAAAAUCCUUUGACAAGUUAUGAAAGUGUUGGAUUUUGAAAAAAAGACAUUAUUUUACUUGAAGAACUUUUACCUGUUGUUUCAAGUGCAUACCCAAAUAAACACAUUGAAUUACGUGGUA